AGGUGGAGGGUCAUCAGGCGGCGCCGGUGGCGGUGGAGGAGCGCAGCGGCGGCACGAAGGCACGGAUGGAGGGAAUGAUGUGAUCUCAAUGGAGGAGGUGUGGCGCUGACUUGGAUAUGAGAACCGCUGCCUCAUGGCACUGGAGACCAGGGUUUGGAACUAAGUGAGUGCCAACUGUACGGAGUUUGCACGUACUGCCUAUGACUGCAUGGGUUCCCCCUGAGCACGAUGGUUUCCUCCUAUACCUCUGAGUCAUAUCGCAGAAUGGAGGGCGAGGUCAGUUUAGAUUCGGUCUAUCAAGCUGUCCAAGCUUUGUACCAUCACCCAGAGCCGCAGGGUAAAGAGAGAGCUUCAGCCUGGCUGGGCGAAUUCCAGAAGUCGAUGUUCUCGUGGCAGAUAUCCGACCAGCUGCUGAGACUCCAGCGUGACAUCGAGUCCUGCUACUUUGCCGCCCAGACCAUGAAGAUGAAAAUCCAGUACUCGUUUUACGAGCUGCCCCCAGAGAUGCACUCGUCACUCCGUGACUCACUGCUCACGCAUCUGGAGAGCCUGAAGGACUUGUCCCAGGCCAUCGUUACACAGCUGGCUCUCGCUGUCGCUGACCUUGCCAUACAGAUGACAUCGUGGAAGAGCUGUGUCCAGAUGCUAAUUGAGAAGUACGGCAACGAUGAAUCUGCCCUACCGUUCCUGCUGGAGAUUCUGACGGUGCUGCCGGAAGAGGUGCACAGUCGCUCGCUGCGAGUCGGCACCAAUCGAAGGACGGAGGUCAUCGAGGACCUGGCUUACCAUGCCAGCCUGGUGAUCGGAUUAUUGACAGCCUACAUGGAACGUUGCAGCCACGAUGAAAAGCUGGUGGUUAAAGUUUUCCGGUGUCUGAUGAGCUGGAUCAACCUGGGCAUCCUGCACACCGACCACAUUGCCAAUAGCCAGCUACUGGUGGCUCUCUUCCAGGUCCUUAGGCACAACCAGACAUCCUCCAACCUGCACGAGGUAGCUAGCGAUUGUGUGUGUGCGGCAUUGUACGCCGUUGAAGGCUUGCAGGAGAGUCUGCGUUUGGCACUGCAGCUCCAGGAGGGAGUGAUGGCUCUCGAGGAGGCUUACCACAAUGCUGUCGCCUGUGAGGACAUGGACAAGGCAUUGAACUACUGUCGCAUAUUCACUGAGCUGGCAGAAACGCUGCUGGAGAUGGUGAUCCGUUCACCAGGACAGGGACUGGGCGACCUUAAAACACUCAACCUCAUCUUGAACUGUGUUGGGCACGAGCAGUACGAGGUGGCGGAGAUCACGUUCAACUUCUGGUAUCGGCUGGCAGAAACACUGCACAAGCUGAAGGAUCCCUCGGUCAAUCAGAUUUUCCGGCCGUAUUUCCAGAGGCUCACUCAGUCCCUCACCUUCCACUCUCAGAUGGACCCUGACCACGAAGGGGUUCUUGAUGAGGCAGAUGAUUUCUUUGAGUUCAGACUACGCGUUUCCGACUUGCUGAAGGAUGUUAUCGUCCUCAUCGGAGCUUCAGAGUUUUUCCUGCAACUAUAUUCAACACUGAAGGAAGGCAGCACAGCCUGGGAGGAGACGGAAGCCGUGCUCUUCAUCAUGACCGCGCUGGUCAAAAACCUAAACCCGGAAAAGGAGCUGCGGCUGGGAGAUGUGGUCCAGGCUGUGAUCAACCUCCCUGACAACACACACCUCGCAGUGCAGCAUUCUGGAGUGCAGCUCCUGGGCGAGUUGGGAGAAUACAUCAACGGCAAUGUGCACUGCCUCGAGCCGGUGCUGAAUUUCCUGACACAGCGCCUGAAGCAGAGGGAGCUGGCAAACGCCGCGGCGAAAGCGAUCCAGAGCGUCUGCACCAUGUGCAGUGACCCGAUGACCCGGCACUUCGAGGGGCUGCUGCAGGUGGCCUCGUCCCUGGACGCCCUCCCCAUCUCGCACGACUCCUCCAUCGGACUGCUUCGAGGCAUUUUUUUGGUGUUGGUUCGGAUGCCGUCAGAGAAGAUCGAGGAGACCUUCCAACGCCUCUGCUCCAUGCAGGUUACUGCUCUGAAGAAACUCUUGACGUCUGACAUGACCAAUGGAAUCUCAGCAGACCCAGCAGUGUGGCUGGACAGACUGGCAGCUAUAUUCAGACACACAAACACUGUGGUGGUGGAGGGCAGGCCACAUCCCUUUCAGAAAGUCAUCCAGGAGAUCUGGCCAGUGAUCUCGGAAACCCUGUACAGGCACCAGGCUGAUAAUCGGAUGGCCGAGAGAUGCUGUCGCUGCCUGCGUUUUGCAAUCAGAUGCGUGGGAAAAGGAUCUGCCAUGUUGAUUCAGCCUCUGGUCUCUCAGAUGGUGAGUGUGUACCAGUCCCACCAACACUCUUGCUUCCUGUACCUGGGUAGUAUUUUGGUGGAUGAAUAUGGCAGUGAGGAGAGUUGCAUGCAGGGUCUGCUGGAGAUGAUGCAGGCAUUUUGUGGGCCAACAUUCCAUCUUCUAGAACAACCUAGAGGGUUCCAGAACCAUCCGGACACAGUGGAUGAUCUUUUCCGCUUGGCAACAAGGUUCAUUCAGCGGAGCCCGGUGGUGUUGAUCCAAAGCCCAGUGAUGUCUCUGAUCAUCCGAUGUGCGUUGGCGGCAACCACGCUGAACCACCGCGAUGCAAACUCCAGCGUGAUGAAGUUCCUGCAGGAUCUGAUUCACGUGGCUACCAUCAAUGAGCACAGGGACGACUUUGAGCUGCGGAAGAACCUGGUGCACGGGUUCCUGGGGGAGAGUGGGGCGCUGCUGGUGGCACAGCUGGUCCAGGCCUGCUGCUUCUACCUGGUGCCCAGCAUGCUUGGUAACGUGGCCGACGUCUUGUGGGAGCUCCGCAUCUUUGACUGCAAGACCUUCUGUCAGUGGCUGGAAGACGCUCUGAUGAGCCUGCCCAAGGAGCUGCCGGCUGGGGCUAUCACCGCCACAGAAAAACAAGUCACAGAGUUCCACAAACAGGUCAUGUGUGCUGAAGAUGCUGCAAUGAUAGGCUGGUCUUUAAUGGAAUUCUCCGGCUUCUACAGAUAGCAUCCGGACUUAACCGUGGACUUGCAAUCUUUGUAGGACAUUCCUUGCCAGCACACAGACAUCACGAGAGGAUUCCAGUAGUCGGUGCUCUACGCAACUGGAAAGGGAGCGAGCAGAGGGGUGGCUGGUCUUGGCUGCAAGCGCGGGGCGGUAGGGAGGGUGAGGUUAGAGGGCAGGUCGUGGCUUCAGCAGCAGGAGGGUGGCAGAAGUGGGGUCUUGUUUGUCGUACGUCGGUUCGAUUCAUCAAUUGUUUGUGUUCCGUUGCACCUUGUUUUUAAUUUUUGCCGCCUGCAACUUGCCAGCACAGGGACGGGCUCGUUCUUGUUGGUCCGCCACUGGGACACACAGUUGUUCAGUCAUUCACCAGGAGUCGAUGCCAGUGUGCCAUAACGCUUGCUGGCAAGUUGCCUGAGGAAGCAUGCUGUCGAGGGCAGGGAAAUGAUUUUAACCCUAAAUACCAAAAUGUGAAAUACUAGCACUAGAUUGUCAACUUGACUUUACCAUUCUUGACUGCGUUGAGCCAAUAUUAAAUUUAGUAAAUAGCUGCAGGAGUAGGCCAUUCAGCCCUUCGAACCAGCACCGCCAUCCAAUAUGAUCAUAGCUGUUCAUCCAAAAUCUGUACCCCGUUCCUGCUUUCACCCCAUAUCCCUUGAUUCCAUUAGUCCGAAGAGCUCUAUCUAACUCUCUCUCUUGAGUAUGUUAUUAGUUUUAACUGGACCCAGCGUAUCAAUAAUUGUGAGUGUAAUCAGGCGGAGAUGCCUCAUUGAUGAAACUCUUGGCCCAGACUGUGUGUGUGCAUCACUCGCCUACCGAAGCCCAUGGACCAGAGCGCGACCUGCUCUCUUCCCAGAGAGGCCAGGGGUUGCAGAAGAUGCAGGAGCUGAGGCUGGUGUUUCCGCACAGCAGCAAAGCUGUGUGGUCCAGGUGUCAACACAUUCUCCCACUCACCAUUCACGAGUGAUUUUCAGGAAUUAAAUUUAACUCCCAAUUUUAAGGUCGCUCUUCCUCCUCCCAGCACCCAUCUAAAAGCAUUUGUCAUUCACCUCUCAACGAAACAAAACAUGAAUUGAUCCGUGUCCUUUGCUUAUUGCUGUGAGCUGCUGUGUCUCUCAACACGGGUGACUGGUUUUGGCUGCCAAGAUUGAGUCCAACAAGAUGUCUCUCCAACCAUCUACCUGGUGCCAAAGCAGACCCGGCUUGGUGGCAUUUCAUGGACCCUCAUCUGCUGCCCAGAUUCUUUACAGGAACGGUGCUGCCCCCUCCUCUCCCGCCCCCCGACAUUAUCUUUCUGCAUGAGCCGGCAAAAAAAGCUGCCUGGUCCUUCCUUCCUUCCUUCCUUACUACACACUGCGUGACACUACUUAUUUACCAGCUACGGGCCCCUGCUGCCACACCAAGUCAGGGCUGAAGACCAUGUACUGAGGGCGAUGUUGAAUGUUCGCAACUGGGUUUAGAAAGGAGUGGGGUGGGAGUGUGUGGGGGGAGAGUGACCAGGAGGGGUGUUGGGGCUGGUCUAGGAGCACUGUGUGCGUGUGCGUGUGUCUGUCUGAGUGUGUAUGUAUGUGUGUUUGUGUGUGUCUGUCUGUCUGUCUGUCUGAGUGUGUGUGUUUCUUGUCUGGGUGUGUGUGCAUCUGAGUGUGAGUGUCUGUGUGUGUGUGUGUGUGUGUCAGUGCAGGUGAGUCAGGCAGCCAGCCCACAGCCACAGUGAUCAGCCGGGGUCACUGCCGACUACAGCCGACGGUUCCUAAUCUGUGAAAUAGAAUGUGCAAAGUUGGGGACAGGUUUUAAAAGUUUUUUUUUUAAAUAACUGGCUUAAAUUCAAAAUACUAUUUUUUCAGUUUUGCAACAAUUUAAAAGAAAAAAAACAAGUGGAUAAUUUUUUGUGUAAGGUGUCUAUUAAUUUAAACAGGUGGUUUGCGGCCCAAUUUAUGUGAAGUGUUUUGUCAGUGUUUAGUGGUGGUACAGAUGUGUGCCCAUGUACAGAAUCUUUUUAUAUUAAAUUUUGAAAACAUCUCA